UGAAUUACAUAACUGAGAAAAUGAAAUCAAGUGAUAAUCUCGGAGCACUGAAACGCAUAAUUGAAUCUACAAAGAGGGAAAAACCAACGGUUGCAGAGAGGCUGAGAAGAAACCGAAUGAUUUAUUUCUGUGCAAAACUCGAAUCUCUCAUACCAACAACUCUUCCAAAGGCUGACAGAAGCGGUCUACUGGAGGAUGCUGGCAAUUACAUUAAAGAACUGCAAGACCAACUGAGCCAACUGAAGAGAAAGAGAGAGUGUUUUCAAGCAAAGAUACAUGAGAAAACAGUGAAUGCAAGAAUAGAGGUCACUAAGAUUGAUGUGGAGGUUAAGGAAAGGGAAUCUGUAAUUAUCAUCAGUAGCAUUAGAAAGCCGAAGCACUUUUGGAGGGUGAUUAUGGAGGUUGAACAACAGGGUCUAGAAGUAAACAUAUCACAGUUUUCUUCAAGCGACAUCUUUGUGUAUCUUUACUUCCAUGCCUUUUUCAGUGAGGGUGUGAAAGAAGUUGACCAUGCUCAGCUACAAAAUUCUCUAAAAACCAGGCUAUUAGCUGUAUAUUAGGCCUUCAUAACACAUCGUUUCAGUCCAUAUUACAGUGUUUUAGAUUCAAACAGGUAAUCUCCUGGGUGGUAGGAAUGUGUCCUGUGAUGGAUGAGAAUGAGACCUCCACUAGAGCCAGUGUCACAGAUAAGUCUUUGUUUGUGACUCUAGCUCAUUGGUGGGCCAUGGUUGAAAGAGCAUGUCUUUUAUUAUUAGCACGU